CGGGGAAGCUGGUUCCCAAAGAGGAGGCCAAGGGGAUCCACUGGAUGACGUGGACAGGCGUCAUCGGGCCAGAGGUGAACGCCAUCUGGCCCAAAUACUCCAACGUCACCAACGUGAACUCGGUGGACGCCAACUACAGCAGCGCCGUGCUGGUGACGGGAGACGACCUCGGCCUCGUCAAACUCUUCAGGUUCCCCUGCCUCAAGAAAGGAGCCAAAUUUAAGAAGUACAUCGGCCAUUCGGCCCACGUCACCAACGUCCGCUGGUCCAACGACCUGCAGUGGGUCAUCAGCACCGGCGGCGCCGACCACGCCGUCUUCCAGUGGAGGUUCCUGCCCGAAGGCGUCAUGAACGGCGUCCUGGAGCCGCUCCUCCAAGAGGGUUACGCCGACUCAAACAGCGGCGAGUCGGACUCGGACGUGUCGGACGUCCCGGAGCUCGACUCGGACAUCGAACAGGAAGCUCAGACCAGCUACGAGCGUCAGGUGUAUAAGGAGGACCUGCCUCAGCUGAGGAAGAAGCUGAUUGGUUCCCUGAAGCGUCAGAAAGCUCCGGAGGAGGGGCUUCGUCUGCAGUUUGUUCACGGGUAUCGGGGCUUCGACUGUCGGAACAACCUGUUCUACAGUCAGACGGGGGAGGUGGUGUACCACGUGGCCGCCGUCAUCGUCGUCUACAACCGUCUGCAGCACAGUCAGAGAUUCUACCUCGGCCACGACGACGACAUCCUCAGCCUCGCCGUCCACCCGCUCAAAGACUACGUGGCCUCCGCGCAGGUGGGCAGAGACCCGGCCGUCCACGUCUGGGACAUUCAGACUCUGAAGUGUCUGUCCCUGCUGAAGGGACACCACAGCAGAGGGGUGUGUGCUCUGGAGUUCACAG